UGUGCUUCGUUUGAAAGCCAAAAAGAGAUUUAUGGUUAAGCUAUUCUCCAUUUGACGGUUUCUAUGAUCCUGACAUUCCAUAUACGGCAUAUGUUUCAUCUCUUGUGGCUCGUUCAUCAUUGAAACAAGGAAACGAUAACGGCAAGUUUCGUGCAAAGACCUAUCGACGAUUGGUCCCGGACAAGCUUAUCGAUGGCCACGGAAGCUUUAAUAUGGAUAUAUUGAAAGGAUUUAUCAAGGUUUCAUUUUGACGCUAUUACCUGUUUCUGACAUGAUAUAUAAAGCAUCCUCUUCCCUAGGUCCAUGCAGGAUAUACGUUGUCCAUUUUUUUUGUUCAUACAUAUCUAUUUAUACACAAACUGUCUAUACCAUAUCUUGCUCUUUUCUCUUCUUUUUUUUCCAUCAAUUUUUGUCACCGUAUAUUCUGCCAUAUUACAAUAGAAAAAGGGAGUUCAUACCAUCCAUCACUGUCAUCCAGACUCUCCGAUAUAUACCAUGUACACUAUCUGCAAACUUUUGUAUGUCACUGUAUUUGCAUUGCUCUCUGCCGCCCCACCUUAUUUACCGCUCUACUACGAUGCUGUACUCGGAUUCUCAUCAGAUCAGAUUGGAUUUGUUCUAGCCAUCGCCCCGUUUGUGCAAUCGGUGGCCUGUCCGUUAUGGACUUUUCUGGUGGAUAAACGCCCUCACUUGCAUGGUUCUGUCAUGGCGUUGACCAGUUUCCUUGGCGGGAUUUCGUUGCUUGGUAUCAUGGGGCUCGGUCAUUCUAUCCGUACCACGUCAGUGGUCUUGAAUGAUACAACGGUGGUCAUCUGUACCUCGGCCCUGGCGUUUGCGUUUGCGUUUUUCACGUUACCUAAUACCUCGCUGGUGGACAGUGCUGUCAUGAAGAUUCUCGGUCCGGAUAAACUGCUUUAUGGGGAGCAGCGACUUUGGGGAUCGCUGUCGACGGGCCUUACGAUUCUGUUGGUAGGACAAUUAAUUUCCUAUACAGGCAAUCUCGAUGCUUUGUUUUGGGUCUUUGGUGGGUCGACCCUGGCGUUUGUGGUAUGCGCAGCCGUAGCGAAUGUGAAUUCGAAUGAUAUUGUGCUUCCUCUGGAAGAUUUGGAGACGGAGUAUGCUCAACAACCACUCAUGUCGCCUUCAAAUCAAUCCAUGGAAAAGUAUGGUCAUCGUGCGCCGGCCAAUUAUUUGAGUACUACCCAUGCCGCGAGUUCCCUUCGUCCGCACGAGCAGUUCAAAGGCCAUGAUCCCCUCAUUUUCAAGGCGGCCAGCAUUGUGUCAGCCCACACGGUGCGUGAAGAAGCCGAAGAAGCACUGGAUGUGGUGGGCGUGGAUCUCGGAUUGGCCAUUUCUCGUAUCAGUUCGGUCGAUCAGUCGUUGAUGCUCGCUCCGGACGCGGAAGUCCCACCCGCCGAUGUAUUCAAAUCACCGCGUGUGCUGUGUUUCUUGACAACCACCCUGAUUUUUGGCGUGGUGCUGUCCAUGAUUGUCAACUUUUUGUUUCUCUUCCUUAGCCGAGAAAUGCAUACCCCCGCUAGUUGGAUCGGAUGGACAGGCCCCAUGAGUGGUGUCACCGAGCUUUUGUGCUUUUGCUUUUCCAAACAGAUGACUGAGAAAUUUGGUGUGACAAAAAUGGUGGUGAUCGCCCAUGUUGCUACCUUGAUCCGUUGUCUGGCGUAUACAGUUUUAGUCCCUGAUUCCUUAAUCACGAAUAUUAUUGCGCUCCUGUUACAAAUGCUUCACGGCAUCGGUUUCGGUAUCUUUUGGGCAACCGCGGUUAGCGAAAUUGACAGUUUUUUCCCUCCUGAACAGCGUGCAGUGGCUCAAGGUAUCCUGGGUGCUUUACAUGCUGGUCUAGGCACCGGUUUGGGCGCCUUCAUCGGCGGUUAUCUCCUCGAAUACUGUGGUUCAGUUUGGUUGUUCCGUGUCGCUGCCUUGCUGACAUUAAUAAGCACCGUCAUUUUCUGUGUCGGUCGACUCAAGCGAUACAACUUUUGAACCUUGAAAAAAGUAGAAUAUGUUGUGUAUUUGUAGCAAAAGAAAAAAGGUCAACUUGCAUAAUGCGUUAAAGAAUGGAAAAAGAAACAUAUGGAAGAAAAUAAAAACAGCAG